ACUGGCCCGAACAUAAAAAGGCUCUGUGAGUUCCUCUGCUCACUCUCAGUCUCACCCAAGCCGCUCGUGCAAAUGCCUGGGACCUCAGCAGGAGCCCAACAGACCCUUGGAGUCUCAUCACCAUCCUCCUCAGAGGAUCAGUAUGACAACACAAGCAGCGAGCCCAACACCACCCAGCAUCAGAAGACUGGGAAUGGAUACAUGAAGUCCAGAACAGGUCUUGGAAAUGGGCCUCGGAUUAAUGAGCUGCCAGUGCCGGUAUCAGAUCUAUCGGUUCAAUACACACAGCUGUUCAUAGAUAAUGAGUGGCAGAAGUCGUGUAGCGGGAGAAAGAUUCCCGUUCAAAACCCAGCAACCGGUGAGCUGCUGUGUGAGGUGGAGGAGGCUGACACAGAAGAUAUUGAUAAGGCAGUGAGGAGUGCCAGAGCUGCGUUCCAGUUGGGGUCCCCAUGGCGAUCGAUGAACGCCUCAGAUCGUGGCCACUUGCUGAACAGACUUGCAGAUCUGGUGGAGAGGGAUCGACUGCUAUUAGCUACCCUGGAGUCACUGGACUCUGGCAAAGUGUUCCUCGUCUCGUACUUCGUGGAUCUGAAGGCCACCAUCCAGACGUUGAGGUACUAUGGAGGCUGGGCGGACAAGAUCCAUGGGAAAACAAUCCCAGUGGAUGGAGAAUAUUUCACGUACACUCGUCAUGAACCCAUUGGGGUGUGUGGCCAGAUCAUCCCGUGGAACUUCCCGCUGAUGAUGUUUGCGUGGAAGAUCGCUCCGGCCCUGAGCUGUGGAAACACUGUGGUCAUCAAACCGGCCGAGCAGACCCCUCUCUCCGCCCUCCACAUGGCUGCCCUCAUUAAAGAGGCCGGGUUUCCUGCUGGUGUGGUGAACGUGGUGCCUGGUUAUGGACCCACGGCAGGCAGUGCAAUCGCUCAUCACAUGGACAUUGACAAAGUCGCAUUCACCGGCUCUACAGAGGUGGGGAAGUUGGUCCAAAGAGCUGCUGGUGACAGCAAUUUAAAAAGAGUCACUUUGGAACUGGGUGGGAAAAACCCAAAUAUCGUCUUUGCUGACUGUGAUUUGGACUACGCAGUGGAGCAGGCACACAGCGGUUUGUUCUUCAACCAGGGUCAGUGCUGCAUCGCUGGCUCCAGGGUGUAUGUGGAAGACCCCAUCUAUGAGGACUUCGUCCGCCGCAGUGUUGAGAAAGCCAGAUCCAGAGUUUUGGGAAACCCACUGCUACCAGGAGUGGACCAGGGACCCCAGAUUGACAAGAAGCAGUUUGACAAGAUAAUGGAGCUCAUCGAGAGUGGGAAGAUGGAAGGAGCUACGCUGGAGUGUGGAGGGUCUGCAUGGGGUCAGGAUGGACUUUUCAUCCAACCCACCAUCUUUUCAAAUGUCACCGAUGACAUGCGCAUUGCUAAAGAAGAGAUCUUUGGUCCAGUGCAGCAGAUCCUACGUUUCCGUGGUGUAGAUGAAGUCAUCCAGAGAGCCAACGCCACACAUUAUGGGCUGGCAGCUGGAGUGUUCACCAGUAACAUCGACAAAGCUCUGAGAGUCUCCUCUGCUCUUCUGGCUGGGAUGGUCUGGGUGAACUGCUACAACGCCAUGAACGUUCAGUGUCCAUUUGGAGGAUUCAAGAUGUCGGGAAAUGGGAGAGAGUUAGGGAAAUAUGCUCUCCAGGAAUACACUGAGGUGAAGGCCGUCACCAUUAAAAUCCCAGAGAAAAACUCCUAAACUCCAGCGUGAAUAUUAUUUAUUUCCUUGUCUAAUUUGUAAUAUAAUUCUUCGUCCAAACUCCACUUUAAUAAUGAAAUCAUUGGGUUUUUUUUGAGGUACUGUCUUUCUUGGGCGUUGAAAUUGUUUUGGGAAGUGUUUUUCCAUGUUCUAAUCCAGACACUUACUGUAUGUAUGUGUGAAAUUAGGACUUUAUUGUGUUUAGUCAUUUGUACAAAAAACACAUUUUACAUUUUUUACACAGAUUUCAAAAGAAAUCAAUAAAUAUGUCACAAAAUGUUGAAGUCGACCUUCACCGAAUUUUAGGUCAUUGCAUGCUGUUUUGUGUUCCAGCUCUUAUUAGUGAUGUUAUUAUUGGGUGUUUCUUUCCACCGUUUUAGUUAGUUGAAGCAAACCUGUUGUACAGUAACUUGUAGAACAGCUUUGCUUGUGGAGUUUGACUAUCGUCUCGGCGGCGCCCCCCGUCCUCUUCCUCUGCCUGGCUGAGGCCCCCUGGGGUUCCCUGCUGGUGCCCCCCUUGCAGCGGGCCCACGGGUCACUGGUCCUCUUGGAUUUGAAGCAGCCAGUGAAACUUCUUUUUGGAGAUUAACUCCUUUCCCGUUGGCCGCUGCCCCAGGCUUCAUCUUUGGAGACUUGCCGGUCUUUUCCACCACCACUUCUGAAAAGGAAUAGAAAGAAGUUUCAUUGAGAAAGUUGCUGAUGUGGACAAAUAAAUGUCAUAUUCCAGCACCAGGAGGGGGCUCUUCCUCCUCAGUGGGUGGUGGUAUGAGAGACUUGUUCGGAAGCAGGUCUUCCAAGUCCUUCAUGACUUGGUUUGUGCUGUCCUUGUUGUUCCUGCGGUUCUUCUCCUCAUCUCGAGCCUGAAAUGAGAAUUUCACAGGUGAACAUUAUGGAACAAUCAGAAGACAACACUCCCAAUUUAGAACCUUUUGCAGUACCUACCAUUUGCAUCUUCUUCUUCAGGUCAGAGUUGGCCUGCUGGUAUCCCUUCGACACUGCAUUGAGAUAGUACAGAGCCAGCCUGAAGGCCAGUACAUUAACGUUAGCACGAAUGUAAUGAGGUUUGAAUGUCAAACUCUGUCAUUAAAGACCUUAAAUGUGCAGCUUCCUAUUUGGUGUGAACUCUACAGUUCAGUAUUGACCAUAACACACUCACACCAUGAGGAGCACGGCUGGCAUGAUGAGCCCAGGGUUGGUGGCGUAGGUGAAAAUGUUCCCGAUGAAGGCCGGUAAAUCCUGCUCUAUUGUCUCCAUGACAACAUCGUACAUCUUCUCUUGUCCGCUAAGAGGACGUCAACAUUCAUGAUCAUGCGUCGUAAUACAAACAAUCGUGGCGAGGUGUCUCACCUGAAGGGUCCGCAGUCAAAAGACGGGGACAGCGUCAUGAUGGUGUAGACGACGGGCAGCAGGCUGAGGAAAAGCACGAGCAGCAGUAGACCCAUGUAGAAGUUGUUGGAGCGCGACGCUUUGAAGACUCGCUCAUGAGGAACAUUGCAGGCCAUCACCGCCCAGCACUGGUAGUACAUGGAGACCAGCAGACGCAGGACGUUCAGACCCACCAGACCUGGGGCGUAGAAGGCUCCCAUCCUGGGGAGUGCAGACGGCAAAUGUUGUGUUAACUGUCCUGCCUUACAAUGAACUCAAAAUACUGAUAAUUCUUCUAUUUUCUAUUGUUGUUUUUUCUUUCAUCACAUUGACCACAUUUCUGU